AUCUCAAUGAGUUUAACUCUGAUUUUCUAAUGCGCAUGCGUGACGUAAAAAAAUGUGCCCGAGAAAUAGGUGUCUCUCUCUCUCUUUGGGAAGUCUACUUUUAAAAAGCAUCGGCAGCCCCUGAUAUGACGACUUCAGUAGUUCUGCAUCCACGCUGGGCGGAUACUUUAAUGUACGUGUAUGAAAAAAGCCCGAAUGAAAAUAUUCAUAACAAAAACACGGGCAUGGAGGGACUGAAUGGGAAUUGUCCAGCAAGUCAUUGUCGGGAUUUCAUAUCGCAUUCAGCUUUGGGUCGCCAUUCCAGCACAAUAACGACUCAUCAGAGCGCUGUCUAUCCGGAUAUUGCGGCUCCAGAGGCCGGCAGGCAAUGUUCUGCAAAUCAGACUUCAUCUGGUGCAAGCCUAGGUUACGGCUAUCCUUUUGGAAGUGCCUAUUAUGGGUGCAGGCUCUCUCAUUCCCACAACAUGAACUUGCAGCAGAAGCCAUGCUCUUAUCACCCAGCUGAAAAGUACACUGAGCCCAGCAGCUCUCUGUCAAACGAGGAACUGUCUUCCAGGGCCAAAGAGUUUGCGUUUUACCCCAGUUUUCCUUCUUCUUACCAAACAGUCCCUGGUUAUUUGGACAUGUCAGUUGUUCCCAGUAUCAGUUCUCAUCCAGAACCAAGACAUGACGCCUUGCUACCAAUGGAAGGAUAUCAACACUGGGCUAUUUCCAAUGGCUGGGAUGGGCAGGUUUAUUGUUCCAAGGAGCCCUCACAGCCAACCCAUUUGUGGAAGUCACCUUUCCCAGAUGUGGUGCCGCUGCAGCCAGAAGUAACAGGAUAUCGGAGGGGUCGGAAAAAGAGAGUUCCGUACACAAAACUCCAACUGAAGGAGCUGGAGAAGGAAUACGCAGCCAGCAAGUUCAUUACCAAAGAGAAGAGGCGAAGAAUCUCAGCCAGCACAAACCUGUCCGAGCGACAAGUCACCAUCUGGUUUCAAAACCGGAGAGUCAAAGAGAAGAAAGUCAUUACGAAAUCGAAAACAGCUCAUCACCAUACCACUUGACGGGGGAGGUUUUGAAGCAUAUUCAUCUAUUUAUCAACAUUAAAAUAUAUCAUAUGCUCUUGACUUUCUUACUGUUAGAAAGAACGAGGUAUCCCUCCGUCUUUCAUUGUAUAUUUUUGGUUGUUUAUAAUUAUCAAACAACUGUUAAGAAGUGAUAAAUGUUCAGAAUGCAUUCAUGUAUAUAGCAUUAACCGAGACUGAUGAUGAUGAUGAUGCAUUAUUCUGUAUAAUAAUCGCUGGGAUUUAUAUUUGCAGUAAUAGCAUUCUGCUUAAAUUCCUUUCAAGCUGGACAACUCUGUACGUGUGCAAAGGGCAGCGCUGAAUUCUCUUUCUGGUUAUGACUAUAAAGAUUCAAUCAAGCUGAGCAAGUCUGAUCCGUGUUUGUUGUUUGUUCUCUGUGCACAUAAUUAACAAACUGUAUGGCUUGCUUGGCUUUCUUAACACUGCAGUGGAAAUGACUAUUACAUUUUGUAAAUGCAGUGUCUUCUAAUUGUAAAAACGAGUCUUUAAUGCCUUUAAAGCUUAACUCUUCUCGGAUGUUUUGUCUUGUCUUUUGUGCUGUGAGGACUUAAUGCAAAAGAAGAACAUUUAAAAUAAAUGUAAAUUUCGCU